GUUAACUUGGAGGAAAAAAUCGAGGCGAGUCCCAUAUUUUGGCACACUUCUCGCUCCACGAAAGCUUUUUGACCACGUUAACAUUCGAACAGUGACCCUUUUCAAAUUAUCAUUCCGUUAAAUUUCCCGCUUAAUACGAUUCCAUUCGUUAGCGAAUGACUCGGUUAAACUAUUAUCACGAGGUAUAUUUUUUCUCGCCGACGCCGAUCAAGAUUAUUUUCGCGGUGGAUCAAGUACAAAGGCAUGUCUGAUUUUCUCUCAGCACUGGGAACGCUAUUGACCCAAUUUCAACUUUGGAGUCUGUGACUCAGAACCACACAAAAAUCCAAACAUUGGGAAGGGGUUGUGUACAACUUGCAAACACGCUAUGUCUCCACCAGACUGCCGAUCAAACAAAAGGAAAUCGAGGAACAGAGAAUAAAAACGAAGAAAGAACCGUGAACGCGGAGGACACAUUCAUUCACAUUAGUAAAUUAAAAACCAAAGUCAUAUAGAGAUGCAGCAUAGCAGCCAAGAAUUUCCAGGCGAUGAAGCCACAGAUUAUGAGUCGAUUAAACAACGGAUCCAACAGAAACCGGAAGCCCCAGUCCAGAGGCACUCCACAGAAGAACUCUUAGAGGAAAUUAGUGAGCUCAAAGCAUCCAUGCAGAGGGGACAAGAGGCACUUAUGAAGGAGCUGGAAAUCAUUAGAAAAGAAAUGAAUGAACUUAAAGCAUCUAUGGAGGGGCAAAAGAAGUUACUGAUUACCAAGAAGAAAACCUCCAGAGAAGCCAGUACACAGCUUACACCGGAUAAUAAUAGAGAAGGUGAUGAAAGGGAAGCAUCGAGCCGACCAGUUGCCAAAAGGUUUUCAAGAUUUAAAGGUUUCUUUAUCUCAUCUAAGUCAAUACGACUGGGAAAGAGAAAGCAUUUAUAUACUGAAAUAUCGCCAAAAGAGCCUGGACUUAACAGAGAGGGUGAACCUUCAUCAUCUGAGGUUCACGGAGUUAGCUCACCUUCUGGAGAAAAAGUCACUUAUAACAUCUCACAGAAAGAGACCAGAAUCAAAAAAGGAAUGAUGUUAGGCGGUCCUUCUGGUGAUGGCUAUCAAGACUAUGAUCAAGAACAUAACAAGAUGACAGACAGACAGCAUAGUUUAGAAUGUGAAGGAGUGCAAGAGGGCAGUUCUGGAGUGGUUCAAGUCACCGGUUCCCCUGGUAACCGAACCAGACGAUGCCAUUCUAAAUCCGAAGCCAUAACGGAGUAUAGUGUGACGACAGAUAGUUAUCAAAGUUUAUCGUAUGACGGCGUAUCACAGCACAAUCCAGGGUAUUUCCUUAACUGUGGAAGUGCACAUGGCACAGGAAACUCACGUACGUAUUUUUCCAAUCAAGUGAGGUGGUUGGAACAUGAACCACGAAAAGAGCUAUACCCUCUACGUUGGAAAAGUUACCCCCUACUUCGACGUAGCAAGGGAAUUCUGGACCCAUACAAUAGCGAAAUAAAGAUCGAGCUACAACCAAAAUCCCAAAAACAAGAGGAGGGCUCAGAAGUUAUCUUUGAGUUCAAGGUUCGGGAGAAGGAGAAAUUCUUUUAUCAGUGGUUUAAAGAUGGAGCCGAAAUGCUGGGAAAGAGCGAUGCCACGCUUAUCCUUGGUCAUGUUGAACUCCAUCAAUUUGGUUACUACAGAUGCCGAGUUUGGUCUCAAGAAAAUUUUGAAAUCAACUGCGAGUCACAGCGGGCAUGGCUGGAUGUUGUCCCCAAAGUUCAGGAGGAACAACGUCUCAAAAUGCUUCGAGAGGUUGAAACUUUAACUUGCUAUGAAAUUGCAUCCUGUCUUGAUAAACCAGUCCAACGUGGCCUUGGCGGUUAUAAGAAGGUGGCCGCUAGAUUUGGUAUGGACGAGAACAUGAUUGGAACACUUGGAACCAGGGACUCAGCUGGACAAGAAGUCAUCGAGUUUUUGAAGGCAACUGUACCAGACCUAUCAGUUUACACACUCUUUAAAGAAUUAAAAGGGGACAAAAUUAGACGAUUUGAUAUCGCUAAGAUCUUAGAGAACCAUCUGAAAGUGAAAAGUGAAAGUGACGCUUAAUUCAAACUAUUAACGCCCACUAUUAAUUUUGAAAACAGUAUUUAUAUCUUAAACACUGUUUUGAGUUUUUGGUUUCUUUGGGUGCAUACAUAAAAUUUGUCUACAUCCGACGUAGUGCGUUACGGCGCCUCUAACAGGUGCGUUUCAAGGACAAUAGAAGCCUGGGAAAUAAAAGUAAUCACUUCAUCCGACGUAGUGCAAUAAAGCGUCUUUAACAGGUGCGUUUCAAGGACAAUUUAAGUCUGGAAAAUGAAAGUAAUCACCCCAUCCGACGAAGUGCAUUAGGGCGUCUUUAACAGGUGCGUUUUAAGGACAAUGUAAGUCUGGAAAAUAAAAGUAAUCACUCCAUCCGACGUAGUGCAUUAGGGCGUCUUUAACAGGUGGGUUUCAAGGACAAUUUAAGUCUGGAAAAUGAAAGUAAUUACUCCAUCCGACCUAGUGCGUUAGGGCGCCUUUAACAAGUGCGUUUCAAGGACAAUAUAUGUCUGGAAAAUGAAAGUAAUCACUCCAUCCGACCUAGCGCGUUAGGGCACCUUUAACAGGUGUGUUUCAAGGACGAUAUAUGUCUGGAAAAUGAAAGUAAUCACUCCAUCCGACCUAGCACGUUAAGGCACCUUUAACAGGUGUGUUUCAAGGACAAUAUAUGUCUAGAAAAUGAAAGUAAUCACUCCAUCAGCCAGUCAGAAUAUUUUUUAGGAGCCAGUGAGAACUCAGGGAAAAUUGCUCUCUCACGAACCGUCUAUAAGCGUGGAGCGUGGAGCGUGGAGCAACGCGCGCAAGCCAACUCAAGUCAUGGUUGUUUUAGGUUUUGAAUUUAUUGGCUUAGAAAGUAGUUUCAGGCGUUAGUUUAUAAUAACCAUUUUGAGCAUCUUGCAUUUUUUUAGCUUUGUUUCUCGUUCAGAUACAAUCUAAUGCAAUGAAACAAUCUAUCGUUGUGUUAAUGUAUCAAAGGCGGUGCUAGAAAAGUUUUAAGUUCUAUAUUUUAAAUGUCCAAAAAGUUUCAACUUCAAAUUCUCAAGAGUUGUUAAGAGGGAUCCCCGCAACGGGGACGUUCAAUAACCGCGGCGGUACACCGUCAUUUCAAACAUCAACAACAGAAGUGAAAAAUACAUCAACAAUUGAUUUAAGUUAAUUUAGUGUGUCUCCCGGUUAGCUCAAUGGAUAGAGCACUGGACUGUUGGG